AAAUCUGUUUAGUUUUGCGAGGUGCGUCAUCCUGGGAAGAUAAAAUUAUUAAAACACACAAUGAGCGGACUAGAAAAUACGCUUCAAAUUGAGUUAAAACUAGAAAAGGAGAAAACAAAUCAAGCCUUGCUGAAAGAUCAUGUAGAGAAGUACUCCGAGCUAACGCAGUCGAUGUCCAAAAUACUGAACUCGUUCGAGCAGCGGUUGGGCAAACUGGAACACACGAUUUUGCCCGUCUAUAAUAUAACCAAGAACCUGCAAAAGCAGCAGCAAAACCUCGACAGUACACUCCAGUGCAUGGAACAGGUGCUUUCGCACUAUGAUGCCUCCCAAGAUGUGUGCAAUCUAAUCCAUCAGGGACCAUCCGAGGGAAAUAUUGGUUCCUUCUUGGACGGAUUGAACAAGCUGAAAAAAGCGAAAGACUACUUCCUGAACAACAAUCCACAGAGCGUUGAGCUGGAGAACGUGACCAGUUUGUUCAACAAUGGCUGCGAAACAUUGAAUAAUCACUUUAAAUCGCUGUUAAAGAAACACAACACCCCACUGAAGCCGGUCGAUUUACUCGAUAUGAUCUACAUUGAGGAAGAUUCUUCAAACGAGGAUUGCCCUUCAAUUAAACAAGUACCACCGAGCGCUAGGGAAGAGCUGAAUGUGAUCGCCCAAUGGUUGGAUAAUAAUCUGCGCCGGGAGUAUGUGCAAAUCUUUGGUGACGAACGAUCGGAAGUGAUCAUGCGAUCGUUGCAAAAUUUGAAAGACCAUCAAAAGAGUGGCAGCUGGGGUAAUGAACCGCUCAAAUCAAGGCACGCGUAUGGACGGACGACCGAUGCUGGAGUAAAGAAAACAACUUCCGCUCGCUUACAGCAAAUAUUCGAACGCAAAGCCAACAAAAUGUUUAUGAAAGCAUCCCAGACACUCGGCCAAUCGGCCGGAUUGGCGAUGAAAAAGAACUCUUCGUUUGGUGAUAUUCUUGCUGCGGAAGAGUAUGGGAACGAUAACGACCAGGAGCUGGAAAAGUAUCUCGUUUUGCUGCUCGGUCUGCAGAAAUUGCUCGUUUGGGAACGACAGCUGCUGAACGACAUCAUACCGCCAUCCCGCCACAAUGAAGUAUUCUCGCGUUUAUCGCAACAGUCGAUCGAAAUGGUGGUCCGCGAUGCCGAGCAGAUCACGUCCAAAGUGAUGAGAAGUAUCUCCCGCAAGGAGUGGUCGGCUGCUCUUGGCAUAUUUUCCGCAUUGAAACACGUUCAAAUUCUUCAACCCGAUAUCGAUCGAAUUUGUGACGCUACGCAAAAGCAACAAUUGUCGGGGGUGCUUAAUCGUCUGCAACAGACGGCUUCCAAGGGGUUGGAGCUGUUCAUCGAGUCCGUACGGAAUGAUGCCGGAGGUGGCGGUAUGGUCAGCAUGACCUCAAGCACAAUCAGUUACGGUGGUGGUUCGAACGUUCCGAGAGAUGCGACCGUCUAUGAGCUGACAUCGAAUACGAUUUGGUUUCUAGAACAGCUGCAGGAGCAUUGCGACACCAUCGGAGGGCUGCUGCAAACGGAAGCACUUUACACAAACGAUCUUGACCGUAUCGCCACACAUAAGGCGGUUUCGAUCGAGCAGAAAAAUAAAGCACUCCUCGGGAUUUAUGUGCGCAAAGUGUUGGCAGAGUUGAACUACACCAUCGCCACCAAAUCAGAGCAGUACAGCGAUGCGGCCACAAAACAGCUCUUCAAACUCAACAACACACAUUACAUUCUUAAAUCACUGCAACGUUCAGCCCUGAUCGACAUUGUCGCACUGACCGAGCACGAUUGCGAGCGACGGUACCAGAAAAUGAUUCAAGAUUUGAAAAAGGCAUAUCUGAGCUCGUGGGCGAAGCUGGUUUCCUUCAUUCAUCCACUGGACGACAUGCCGAGACCGAUCAAUAGCAAGGUGAAGGAUAAGGAACGAGCUACAAUCAAGGAUCGGUUUUCCAACUUCAACAAAGAGCUGGAAGACGCUGUGAAGAUACAGCGCGCAGUUUCUGUGCCGGACGUGCUGUUGCGCGAGGGCAUUAAGCGAGAUAACACCGAGCACAUAGUGCCGAAGUACAAUGCGUUCUUUGAAGUAUAUUCCGAUGUACAGUUCAGCAAAAACAUUGACAAGUACGUUAAAUAUCGCCCUUCUGAUGUAACAACCAUGCUGAACAGAUUUUUUGAUGAUACAGUUUAAAAUUGUCAUCCAGUGACGGAACUCGCUAAACUAUAAUUUAUACAAUGCCUUCUUCAUAUAACAAUACAAAGCUAUGAAUUAUCAAUAAAA